GUAAAACUAUUAUUUAUCAAGGUAUUUUGGUUAAUCUGAAACAUAGUGAGUUUAGUUAUAACUUUCUAAUCACCUGGAACUGAUACAAUGAAUCUAACUCUUGAUGGUUAUGAUUUGAAGCACUGUGGAAAAAUGAUGAUGGCACUAAACAAACAAAGAGAAAGCAAAGACCAUAAUGACUUCGCAAUUAUGGUCGGAGAUGAGAAAAUACCAGCACACAGGAAUGUUCUGUCUGCAGGGUCAGAUUAUUUUCGUGCAAUGUUGUCUCAUGAAAACGUUGAGAGCAGCAGUGGCGUUGUGGUAAUGAAAGAGGUUCAAUACUCAAGUGUAAAAUCUUGCAUCGAUUAUAUAUACACCGGUCAUGUUUCAACUGCCGACAGUGAACAACUUAUGCAUACCGCUCAUAUGCUCCAGUUGCAAGGCUUGUGCGACAAAAUUGCAAUAUCUCUUGAGAAAGAACUGAGUCCAAAAUCGUUCUAUUCCACAAAAAUGAUCGCAAGCACUUUCAACUGCAUUAAUUUAAUUGAAAGUUGCAACAAAUAUGCUCUGAGAAAUUUCCAAUCAAUUGUCUCUGAAAACGAUUUCAAACAUUUGGAUGUAGAAUAUGUUUCCUUCCUGCUUGGAUCAAAAGUAAUCAAUGCGACUGAAGAGGUCAAGUGCAAAGCUUUGAUUAUCUGGAGCAACUUUGAUGUAGUAACUCGAACAUCAACAUUUGUAAAAUUAUUUGAAAAUCUAGAUUUGGCGAAGAUAUCAGAGAAAUAUCAAAAGUUUUUGUUGGAGAAAGAGCCUCUGGUCUUUGAUUCUUCACGUCACCAUGCAAUACUGAUGAAUACUUCAACUGGUGGAUCAAAUAUCGUAGCUGAAGACAUUGACAUCACAAAUGCUGCCAAGCCGAUUAACGCAAUUGCUGUUUUUGAUAUGAAAUCAAAAUCAAUUCAUGCAUUUCAUCCAAAGACAAAAACCUGGACCAAACUCCAGGGCAUCAGUGCUGACUUCGUUGGCAAACACUUCACUGCUGUAGCACUUGAUGACAUAAUCUAUGUUCUUGUGUUCGAUGGAACCAAUUAUCAGCUAAAUUAUACUGAUACCAAUGCUACAUGGGUUAGAUUGGCAGAUCGAGAUUGACAAAGAAUCGUGUGGCAGUUAUUGCAUUUGAAGGUUCAAUCUAUGCAUUUGAUGACUCUUGCGACACCAGCAAAACAGUUGAGAAAUUUGAUCCAUCUGGUGGAACUUGGUCUCAUGUCACUGAUAAACCUGUGGAAGGGUGUUCCACAUCAAUACUAGUUGUAGGAGGUUUCAUAUACUGUAUCGGAGGAUACAAUGAAGGAAAUCUAUCAAAUACGGUAAUGUUCAAACCAUCAGAUUCAACAUGGACAACACUCCCCCAAUGACAAAUGCAAGAAAUCGUGCAGCUGCAGUUGAGCUCGAUGGAAAGAUUUAUGUUAUAGGUGGAUACACCGAUGAAUACUUAAAUAUGUUGGAAUGCUUCGACACUGUUUCUGAAAGUGGACCACUGUUUCCUGUUUAAACAAUUCAAGAGGACAUUUCAACGCUUGUGUUAUUGAGGAGAAGAUAGUUGCUGUUGAAAGAAAUAGGUCAAAGAGCACAAUAGAAGAAUUUGAUUUCACUGUGAAUUCCUGGGUAGUUGUUGGGACACUGGGUAGAAAAAACAUCGAGAAAGGGGCAUCCAUUAUUUUGAAUGUUCCAUUAUGAACAAGAACCGGAUUUUUAAAACCUUCAACAAAUAUUUUUAAAUGCUAUAAUUUUACUUCAAUGUUUGACAACUUUACUGAUUUACUUAUUAAACAUGAUUGAUUAAAACAGCGGAAAAUGUUUUCUUUUGUCGUGAUUUGCAAUUGUAAACACAAAUUUAUUCUGCUAUACUCAAUUACUCUUUACGUAUGGUGAGACUUAUUUUAGAUAAGGGGCGAAACUUAUUAUACAUUUUAGGCGUCGUAUUCCGCACUGUUCGUGUAAAAUGGGUUUUAUUUCCAGUAUUGUAAAAAAAUAAAAUCGCGCACACACUCUAGCGCCGCCGUUUAUAUUUCGAUUGAAAACAUUUUACUAUUACUUUAUUUUUUAUCAUACUUGUGCCGUGCAGCGAAAGUAUAUAUUAUAUUCUUUGUAUUAGUUAUUAAAAGUGUUUUUCAGCGGCAUUCACUUAAUCAAGUCCCUAAAUAAGCAAUCAUUCGACCACGAUAAAAUGCUGUAGCUGAAGCGAUUCGAUUUUUUAUGUCCAGCAUGAUGAAUUUUUGGUGCCCCUGUCGAAACGGCGCUUAUGGCACAAGCUAUGGCUGCCAAACCCAGGACCAGUAGGCCAUGGCUCACUGCUGGGCCACGCAGCUAUUGAAAAUUGCUGGAGUUUUUAUAAAUCAAUUAGUUUUGAUUGUAGUAGCAAUAAAUAAUGAUGUUGUUUUUGCGACUGAGUGGUAAUUUACAUUUAAACUGAAGAGUUUUUGUUUUUCUCGUUGUAUUUCUCUUAUAGUUUUGAAGAAAGUAAAUUGGCCACGGAAUUUUUGUUCGACGAAAGUUUGCCACAAAAGAAAAAAGGUUUGAGAACCACUGCCCCAAAUACAACAUUGUAUCAGCUAUAUAUAUAUAAAUAUCAAGUUUUCAUUUUACUAUCCAAUACUUGGAUUCUGUAAUUGUUUGUUGCUGAAAUAGGUCAAAGAGCACAAUAAUUUGAUUUCACUGUGAACUCCUGGAGAAUUGUUGGAACACUAGAUAGAAAAAAACAUCAAUAAAGGGGCAUUCAUUACUUUGAAUGUUUCAUUAUAAACAAGAACUGAAUUUUAGAACUCUUCAACAAAUUUUUUUGAAUGCUAUAACUUACAGAUACUUCGAUCUUUGACAAUUUUUACUGAUAUAGUUAUCAAACAUGUUUGAUUGAAACAGGUG